AUGGCUGCCAGGGCCCCCGCGCCGCUCCCCGUGCCCGCCGAAACCGUGGCGCUCACAGCCGCGGUCGUCGUGGCCUCGGGCUCCGCGGCCGUCUUCUCCGGCCUCUCCUCGCUCUCCAACUCCGCGGCCUCCGUGCCUCCACGCCUUGCUGGGCCACCGCCUCGGCGAAGCUCGCUGGCUCGUCAGACGUGCCGAGAGCCAGCCACCACUAUAUAUGGUGGGUGGGCGACCUCGUGCGCUGGAUGCCCCGAAUGCCCGCGACGAGUCAGUGGAGGGCGUAGAGUAGAGGAGAGGGGCGGGGCGGGGCUGCAGGGGCGGAGCGGGCAAGAGAUCCGCGGAGCAGAGGAGGGGGCAGAAGGAAGAGAGUGGAAUGGGCUGGAUUGGGCUCGCGGGUCGGGCGCGGGGGCAUCUGCCGACUUGAUCCCAGCUGGACCGACGCGCUGGCAGCCACAUGAGCAAAAGUGGGCAGAGAGAGUGACGGCCCGGCCGGCCGGUUCAGCUAGCCACCGAAAACGGCAACAAAGAUUCCUCCAACCCGGGUCGAGCUCGCCUCGCCAUGGAUUACUACUACCCGAUGGAGGAGGUGCACCAGCACUCGGGGGGCUCCGGCCGCUGCAGCUGCCGUGGCACUGGCAGUGGCGCCUUUUCACCCUCCUGUCCUCUCCGGCGGCGCUGCAGCACCAGCAGCCGCGCCGGGCGGCGAACCACGUCAGCUGGGAGGAGGCCGCCGCCGCGCACCUCUUCUCCGCCAGCCUCCCGGGCGUGCGGAAGGAGGAGAUCAGGGUGGAGGUGGAGGACGCGAGGUACCUCGUCAUCCGCACGGAGCUGGCCGCCGCCGCCGCGGCGACGGCGGAAGAGGACGGCCGGAGGAGGAGCUUCGACAGGAAGUUCCGGCUGCCGGGGAUGGUGGACGUGGACGGCAUCUCAGCGGAGUACACCGACGGCGUGCUCACCGUGACGGUCCCGCGGAUGCACACCCGGGCCCGUCCCGCCGUCGGCCUCCUCGGCGCCGGCCCGACCCACGAAUCCACGGCCCGGGCCGCCUGAAAUUGAAUUUUUAUUUUAGCCUUCUACUACCUAUAAAAAAAGAUGUACUAGUAUUGAUUGGUUUGCGGAACUAAGGAGAUUUAUCCCAAUUUGUAUGGUCAACAAAAUGGCUUGAUCCUAGAGAUGGCAAAAUUAGUGCCCCCAGAAGAAGAAGAAAGAUGGGGGAAAAUCAGUAGAGUAGCGUGCUGCUAUGAAAUGGUGUGUGCUUUUCUC